AAAAAAUUACUUAUCACAUUCAUGCAUUUAUGUGCUACAAUGUCUAAUACCUGCUGUGGUAAUGCUGCUAUUGUAAUGGGCAUACUUGUAUGAAGUACCGUGUGUGAGAGUGUGGGGAAUUCAUAUUUACAUCACCUUUAAGAUGACGGUAUGUUUGCUGCUAUAGGUGCUCAAUCAGAGAAAUCAAUUCUGAUUAAAAGCUGAUUCUGAUUCGAGUCAGUUCCAGUUAGAUCGAGGUAAUUUAGACAUAUUUCUUAAUUUGAUUUAUAUAUUAUAGUUAUAUGUACUUAUUCGUACCAGUUUUAUUGCCUAUUUUCCCUUUUAGGUUAUUUAUAAUGAAUGUACGCUUAAAUUGCCCAAGAAAUAUCUAAAAAAAUAGAAUAUAUAUAAUAUAUAAAUAUAAUAAAAGUAUUCACUAUAAUACAGGGUAAUUAAAACCUCUAUCUGUUCUCCUUCAUGUUUAUUAUCUACCUACCUUCCUUCUUUUGCUGUGUGAUACACUCAAGUAGUAAUUUAAAAAAUGAUAUCCAACUUGGGUCAAGAUCCAUCAGAGGGAUUUAAUUCCUCCCACGCAAAACUAACAAAUAGUCAGUGCAAAAUCUUUUUUUUCUAAAACAUGAGGCCAGACUUCAGUUGCCUUUUAUUUUUAGAGGCAGUGUGUAGUCUGCUUUAACUCAACACAAAACACCUGCCUUCUCUCCACAUACACACUGAAAGUCAUUAUUUAACAUUAACUGUAGCAACAACACGGAUCGAUGCUGCUCUCACUACAUUUGAAUACAUCCAGUGUGCGGUUUGUGCCAUUUGAAUUGCACUUUUUGUUUUUGUUUGUACCUGUUUCUGUAUAAACAACCGUGCGAUGCUGCUGAGAGUGAUGCAGAGCCACAUCGCUUUCUCAUUUCACAGCGCCUGACUGUCCCUCUGUGGCUAAUAAUAACACACACACACACACACACACACACACACACACACAGGCACUGGAGAUGGACGUUAAACCAGGCGGGCUGAGGCUGAGUGACAGCAGGUCUAGCAUUAUGCAAAUGAGCGGGGUAGUGCAGCGGCAGCGGCGGGCAGAUUAGGACUGUGCUCGGGAUCAGUGAGCCACCGCUCCCUCCUCCUGCAAGAGCAACUAGUGCCUUGUUUUCCACCCUGAAAACACGCGUCUCACAACCUCUCUGCCUGUGGCUCGGCACGGUUCCCACACACGUCCCGAAACACGUGUUUUAAUCAAAUGAAUCAGUUUUUCCCGAUGCACAGUUGAGAUUUAUUGUUUUGCAUUCACAGUAAAGCGGCAUAGAAAUGGGUAUAAGCGCUUCGCUGCUGCGGGCAUGCGCAGCGCGCUCACAGAUCCCUCCCCCCACUCAGUUAGUUAAGCCAGCGCUAUUUCAAAGCGGCACUCAGUUUUGGAAAAAUAUUCUCCUGACCCCUAAUAACCUGUAAUACGGUGUUAUUAGACUGUUUCCCUCAUUUGUGCAGAACACAGACCCUCUGAUGUCUGUCCCUGUGUUAUAAUGUAGAGGCAGAGUGGCUGUGCUGUGCUCUGUGCUGUGCUUGGUUUGGGGUUUAGAGAGACCGAGCUGUAAGUAGGUCGGGCUGGGCUUAAGCGGCUUAGCUACGUCAGCCUAAGCUGGGAGGAAUUCAUCCAAAGCCCUCCGCGGUAGGCGGGGGCCUAAACGAGGCUGGCCUAGUUAAGCCUGAUUCUUAUUGUGUGCAGCACAGCCUGUUUUUGUUGUGCAACGUAGCUGAGAGGGAACCAAGGAGUAGUGUAUGAAUCCAUGCACAUGUUAGACAUAGCUUAUGUUUGAUUUUAAGAAGAAGUGAAGGAAAAUUAGAUAUGUGUGGGAGUUAGACCAAUGUUAGCUUUAUUACCGUGGAUCAAGAGAAGCCAGCAGCAGGGACAAAAAAAAAGACAGGUGGGAAGAGUGAGGAGCCUUAGUAUCAAGUGUGUUUACUGAGGGGUGACAGCCAUAGGCCUGACUUGGUCUGUGUGAGUCCGCUAUGCUAUAAGAUGGCGUCCAGCUCCGUGUUUCUGUCCAGUAUGGUGGGUAAAGCUCGCUCCUCCAACUUCACCCUCUCUGAGAAGCUGGACCUGUUGAAGCUGGUGCGUCCUCACAUCCGCAUCCUGGAGGAGCACACCAACAAACAUGCGGUCAUCGUGGACAAGAACAAGUGCUGGGACACUGUGGCUGAGCAGUACAAUGCCUUGGGAGGGGACAGACCCCAUCGCACCGCUCAGGGCCUCAGGACCCUCUACAAGAGGCUGAAGGAGUCAGCCAAGCAGGAAGUGAUGCAGCGGAGACACGCCCAGCCAGAGUACAGAGCAAGCAUCUCCGAGCCAACCAGGAGAAUUAUGGAGAUGAUCCCUCACCUGUUUCACCAUGUGCCGAUCCAUGAAAAGGACCAGGCACUGCGCAGAUUAAUAUACAGCAAGCACAACUCUCCUAUCGAACAUCCUGGCAGCAGCUCCUCUCUGGCUGGAUUUCAGGAUUACUCAGCAGCUGUCCCAAGUAUCCCCCAUGAGGUGGUCCAGCUGGACCCUGAAGAGGAUGUUAAACCACCACCAGACCUCCCCAUCCUCUCCGUACACACAGAGCCAGGGUUGGACGAAGGCCAGGAGCGGGAGGAGCAGGACUUGGGAAGCGUCCACGAUUACGAAGCAUCUCUGUCUCCCACUCCGUCCUCCGUUAACAUCCCCCUCUCCACCUCGCCACUGCCCUUACGCCACGACCUCUACCCCAACGACAUCUACCCUCACCACGAGCCCGACAGGUUUCGCCCUCUGCAUCUGGCCAAAGAGGAGCAUGAGAUGGUGUUGGCCAAUCACAGGAAGGUUGCCAUGUAUUUGGAGGAGAAGAGGGAGGGGCUGAAGAGGAAACAAGAACUGGAGGAGGAACUUCUGAGAGCCAAGAUAAAAGUGGAGAAACUAAGGGCUGCUCGACUCCGACACGGACUGCCAAUUCCUCUAUAACAAGCAUGAACAUGCACAUCUGUGGCCAGUGUUAGAAAGGGAGAGGCUCUGAGGAGUUUAAAGUGUGUAGCAAUCACACUCAUCAGUUUCAUGUUUGAGAGCUGUUUCAGAACUUGAAUCUCUUUUGGAAACAUAGUGCCUAGUAAAGACACUGAAAGCCUGGAUAAGGCUGACUUGUGUUGCCAUCAGUCUGUGUUUAUGCUUGUCAGUGUUAAAAAUGUUUCAUCAUUCUCUCACUUAUUGACAGAAGUGGCAACACAACUUGUAAAUGCUCACAUUACAAACACUGUGACAGGCCAAAGUAGGUAAAAUAAAUGUGAAAGUCCAGGUUGUGGAAGGGAAUGUUAGUAGUGACAAAUGACGUGUACCAUGAUGGUGCUUUUCCUGCCUAGAUCAAUGAACAAAAACAAUGUGUCUAUAGAAAUUUCAGCAUAGUGUUAAUGAUCUUUGUUGUCCAGUAUUGUUAGAAAAAUUAUUCUAACAGCAUUUACUGUAAUUAUAUACUGGAGGCUGCCUUCCUUGCAUUUCCUUGUAGCCCUUUUAGUUGACCAAAUUAUGGGUGCUUUUUCAAAAUUCUGUAGGUUACAAAUGAAAAAAGCAAAGCUGCAAACCAACAGAGAUCCACUUUUUUUAGACCUGAAAAGUCAGUUUCAGAUACCCAGAAUUGAAGCACAAGUUAAACUGUUGAAGGCCUUAAUAGAUGAUGCAGAAGUGAGUACGGCAUGUUAAAGUGAGAAAUUCUCUCUGGUUGCUGAAUUGAUGUGAUCAAAAGAAGGGAGAUGUGGAAUUGGUUUUGUGAUGUUAUUGUUAUUUAAUGUACUGUAUGUGACUACAACAUUGAUUGUAUUGUAAUGUUGGUAAACAAGUGUUGUCAGUUUCUUUUACGGUUUGUUCAUAUGUUCACGUAUUUCUAUAAAAAAAAAAAAAGGAAGGUUGAUAUUCUGCUUGUCGUGUGUUUAUUACAUGUCAAACAGACGUCCACUCUCAUACUUUCAGCCUCUGAGGAAAAGCUUUUCUCUGAACUGGAUUGUCUUUACAUAUCAUAUGAACACAUGACGACCAAGAGCACUUUUAAUUCCAACAUGGCACAAAUGGUACUCAAGUUUAUAGGCAUGUGAAUGUAUGAA